AUGAACCGCUUGACCACCGCGUUCGCGCUUCUCCCGGUUGCGUUUGCAACUCCAUUCCUGCAACGGACUCAGACUGUAAACGUCGUUCUUCGGGUCAACAAAGUCACGUCUGGUGCCGCCAUCGACGUCUGGAACGAGAGCAAGUCGGAGGUAUUGGCCCAGGCAUGCUCCCGUUCCCUCACAUCUGGCUCUUUCGAAAGCAGUCCCAUCCUCUUUACCGUCGACGAAUACGGUGCCGGUACUUUGAGCAUCGGCACGCAAACUUACACCAUCCAUGACGACCCGGACGUGUCGGGGGGCAUCAUCUGUGGUCGUAUCGCCAGCCCCAGCGAACUUGCGAUCAGCUGCGAUGUUUCGAUUCCCGAGUCUUUGCAACUGCGGGGCUUGAGCAAGAGAGAUAUCCAAGAUUGUUUUGCUGGCAGCCCCGUUGAGCUCUUCGAGGUUAUGAGGGGAUUGGAGAAUCCUGCGAACAACACCACUUGGACAAGCCCUCCCCCCUUCAACGCCCAAAACACCACAUCACUCGUUGUCACUGAUUCCGCUAUCGACAAACGCCAGGGUGCAUGCGGUGUCUGGAGUUCAAGGACAGUCGUGAUCGGCGACGGAAACCCGCACCAGAAUCCGCUCCAUAUUCAAGAGCCAAUGGAGUGCGGACUACGUGAUGGAUGCGAGAUUGGGUACUCGAAUAUCCGAUCGUUCACCAUCAGCUGGAGUGCGAGUCUCUCAGCCGCUUCAUGGAUCAGUGGUGGGUUUGCUGUGGAGUCGUCCAUCGAGACGGGGAAUCAAUACACUUGCGAGGGCAAGGCAUACGACUAUUUUGCCGUCUGGAAGAAGAUGGGGCAAACCGCCUACAUAGUUUAA